AUGCUUUUUCCACCUGAUGAUGUUUACAUCGAUGGAGGCAUAACCGCUAACAAUCCUCUACUGGACCUGCUUUCAGAGGUGGAAUUGUACAAUGGGGCACAUACUUAUUUGCAACGUCCUGAAGGCAAAGUUGAGAUCGGUUGUGUGUUAUCGCUUGGAACUGGUCAAAUACCUUCAUCACCUCUCAAUCCCUUGAACAUCGGAAUAUCUAAUCCUAUUGGCAGCGCCCUCAAUUUCAAAAACCUCAGCCUUAUAAUCAUCGAUCAGGUAUCAGCGUCUGAAGGUGCUCCUGUUGACCGUUCAUUCUCUUGGUGUAAUGCAUUGCAAAUCCCCUUUUUCCGCUUCAGUGCUCCCCUGCGGAAAGCUAUUGGCGCAACAACGAAGAAUGAUCAUGACAUUGCUGGCAUGAUGUGGGAUUGUGUCGAAUAUGCUUACAAGAAUCAUUCCAAGAUUGUGAGGUUGUGCCAACUUCUCAAAAAAAUUGGGAGAACUCCCGAUCGUGCAAGGAUUUUAACAGAUUCAUCUUAG